AUGUGCAAGACAUGCAAUGGCAACAUUCCUGCAAUGAAUUUGAAUAACACUUUCAACUCCAAUAAAAUUAAAGUACGGAAUACUACUACUUCAUCAAGUACCAUGAACAUCAAAAUAAUUAGAGUACAAACAAAUGUCCUGUCUCAAUGCGCGUUCUACUUAACCAUAUCCCCAUAUGGAAUUGAAGAUGGUCGUAGUUCGGGUGACUAUAAAAUUCAUAAGGAGUCCACACUCCACUUGGUGUUGAGGCUUUGUGGUGGCAGGCAGAUUAUUGUCAAAACCCUUACUGGGAAGACAAUAACCCGUGAAGGUGAAAGCUCCGACACCAGCGAUAAUGUUAAAGCUAAAAUUCAGGACAAGGAAGGAAUCCCACCAGACCAAGAGUCAACUCUACACUUCGUGCUGAGGUUGCGGAUAGGCAUGCAGAUUUUUGUGAGGACUCUAACAUGA